UAAUAUUUCUGUGUGCAAUGCGGUUUGCCUACGUGUAAAAUAAGCAUUGGAAAGAGCCUAUUCCACUGAGCAGCCGGCACGGGAGUUUGACAGCUAGUCAGAGAACUUUUAUUACUCCGUUUUUGACGUCGAAUUCGAGGAACUGAAUAAUUCAUUAAUUACUUACGGGGCCAAAGUCCCAUUGAAAAAUUACUCAAGAUGACUGUGAAAAUCAAGGUAAAAGAUAAAUUGGAGAAUGAUACUUUGGAUCUUAGCUGCUGCGAUUUAGAAGAUGUGCCUGUCAAAGAAAUAGCUACCAUUAAAAAAGGGACUCAUUUGGAUCUCUCCAAUAAUCAAAUAGUUAGAUUACCGGAUACAUUUGUAACCCUUUCGCACAUCGUAAAGUUAGAUCUCAGUAAAAAUUUGAUAGAGGAACUUCCAGAAAAUAUUGGAGAAUUGAGGCAGUUGAAACAUUUGGACCUCUACAGUAAUAAGAUCAGUAGGUUACCACUGAGUUUUGCCGAAUUGAAGAAUCUAAAAUGGUUGGACUUGAAAGACAAUCCGUUGACCGAAGUCCUUUCCGUUCUUGCGGGCCCUUGCAGCGACAAUGUACAAUGUCAAAAGUGUGCAGUGCUCGUAGUGUCUUACUACAAUACUCUGAAACAAUCGAUUGCCGACAAAAAGGAAAUUGCUAUUAAAGCUGCCGCUAUCGAAGAACGCAAGAGAGAAGCCAAAAGACGGAAGAAAAAGAAGAGGAAAGAGGCAGAAAAAAACAACUCUCACAUGGUCGAGGAGAAAGAAAAAGAUACGAGUGAGUCUGGGCUCUCGAAUAACAAGAAUUCGAGUGAAACUCUGCAAGAACAAAAUUCUUAUCAGGAGCCCAUCGAGGAUAAUGUGACUGAAGAUGUUUCAGACGGAUUGUGCAGUACAUUUUGCCGCACUCUGAUUUACCGUACGGUAGAUUUGGUAUUCUGGCUAUCGACUUUCGCAUUGAUUGCGUUUCUCGUAUUCACGAUUUUACCGAAAAUCGACAAAAACCGUUCGAACCUUAUGGUUCAAUAUAUGGAAAUGAAAACUGGUUUACCGGUCGAGACGUUUCAGCAAGAGUGCCUAGAAAAGCUUGAUUCCUUCGUUUAUUACGUCAGCUAUUUGGCAAAUAACACGAAAAUUCUUGUCAAGGACACUUAUCAGCGUCACUUUGGCGAGGAGCUCGUCGAUUCCGACGACUCUGAUUUGUAAAUUUGUUCUCUCCCGAACGAUUCCUUUUUCUAUCCAAUGCCGAUAUGAAGUUGCCAAUCAGACAACUUUCGUAUUCUUCUGAAACGAAACGAUCAUUUUUCAAUGUCUUCGUGAGUUUGAAAUGUUUACGACAGAGUUUGUCACAAAUGAAUUUCUCUCCAUCACCCAACGUGUUUCCAGUUAGUCAACUUUUAUAUUCAUGUUACACAUUAUUUUCAAACUAGAACAUUAUUCCGCAAUGUCUUCGUGGAUUCAAACAGUUUUCGACCAAGUUUUACCACAGUUAAAAUCUUCUUGAAUCUUGAAUACCUAACGAAUUUUUUAUCGGCAAUCCAUUGAGAAUGACUAUUGUAUACACCGAAUGUACAGACGUUGAGAUUAAUAAAGACACGUGUUUGGCAUCGCGUAA